AUUUUUCUCAUUCUUCACAAUACCUUUAAGUUAUUUACUUAGUGCAAAAUUUCGUCAUAAGGAGUCUAUCCCUCUGAGGACCCUCACUGGGCACCCACGGAGGCUUCCAGAAUUCAAGCUGGUUUUUCCUUGUGAAAGAUCACAUCCUGCACUGUCUAACCCCUUGGUUUUGCUAGAAACUGCCCUGGGCGGUCAGACUGCACAGUGGAGGAUCAGGGAGGAAAGGGAAGAAAUAAAACCUGGACAAGUUUGAGCGAGUUUCUUUAAAUACUUCAUGCACACCUGUGAAAAAACAUUGUAGAGCCUAUCUGUGGCAACAGUUCAAAACCAUAGAAACUAAAAAAAGACUUUAGUAGAAAACCAACUUUAUUUAAAUGUUGGAAGCAGCAGCUUUGUUUGCAGUUUUAAUCCCAUGCUGGUAGAUGCUAAUUCUGUAACAUUAUACAGUUGCCUUUUUUUGGGUACAAAGGUGGAAGGGGGGUUUUCUUUUGUGUUUUUCAGUGCAAACUGAUUCCGAUCAGAAAGGCUCAAGGUUUCAGCUCCAAGUACCUGACAUUUCCAUCUGAAUCUACUUUUUUUUUAAGGGGGGUGGGGAGAAGGUCUAGUUUUUCAGGAAAAGAACCUCUCCACACAAUCCUGAAACUGAUCUUUAGAUUUACUUUUUCUUAAUCAAUAGAAAAAAACUUGAUUGCAACUCAACACUUAUCUGACUCUAGCUCAGGACUAACUGAAUUUUUGGUUUUAAGAGUAGGGGAUUCAGACAUCAUUUCAGGAAUCAGAAAUAAUUGGCAGCAAGAGGGGGAGAACUGACAUGAAUUCUUGUUUUGCUUAAUUUUUUCCUGGUUUACCAAGAUUUGGCUUAAUAUUUCUGACUCAAUUCCUCCAGUCUCUACAGAACAGGUUAGUGACAUUUUUCAUAAAUACAGAUAUUUAAAUGAAUUCUCCUUAUGCUCUCUGAAUUGUUUCCCUAAGGGCUCACAUCUUACAUGCAUAAGGUGUCUCCCUCCCUCCGCUAAAGCUGUGUGAUCUCUGUGAAAGUCUUAGCACCACUGUCAGCAAAAUUAAUGUUUAUUGUGUGCUUGAGAUUUCAAUGUGUAUGCUUGACAACUGAAGGUUUACAAUAAAACUCUCACAGGGUAGACUUACUGAUUUUUCCAUGCAAUUUUAGCUUCAAAUAAUAAGAGGAUGAUUUUGUAUUUAAGAACACCGUCAGGAGCAAACUUCAUGGUCUACCUGUGCACUUGGUUCUUCUGCAGGAGUAUAUGUAAUUGGGAGCUUGCACGGGUGUUUGCAUCUCAGCUUCAUGGAGCGGCACAGACCGGCAAUUCUUCUAACAGAGAGUGAAGCAGCUGGUUCAACUGCUUGUGAUUGAAAUGGAAACAAGUUCACUUUUGUGAUGUCCCUUAAUUAAUUUGCUGGGACUAAUUGCUUGUGUGCUGGCUUCUAUUUUUAUUGUAAUUUCAAGGACUGAGCCUGGCAUUUUUUUUUUAAAUUACCAAUGUAUCAUUCAUUUCACUCGAGAAAGUCAAUGGACAAUUUUAUGCUACUGUGAAUCUGGUAGCAUAAUCUUCAGGAUGUGGAUUUGCUCCGUACUAUAGAGAAGGUGAUAGCAAACUAAAUUUUCCUACCCGUAAAAAUCUAUUGUGUUUCAGCUGAUUUUUAUUUGAACCUCUUUGAAAGCUGCUGUGAAAAUCAGAAGAGCUGGGUCUCACAGAAGAUGAAGGUCUGUCCUAGAGACACAACUGAGACCUGAAUCUUUAGAGCCAGGUCCUUCCUAUUUCUCAGUACUUGAGUAGCUGCAGAGCAGAUGGCUUUCUUUGGCUCAUUGCUGUUCUCAUUGUGUCUAUAUAAUUUACUGAUCAUUUGAAUGUUCUCAUUACACUUCCAAACUGGCUUCUCAUGGACCAGUCUAAUUUGUUCAUGACAUGUUGAACUUGGAAGGAUCUGUUAGCAUUCAGGGAAUUUCAACCUGACUCAGAACUUCGUGGAUGUUUUAUGUGAGUUUGUUCUGUGAUGGUUGUUAUGUGUCAUGGGAUUUGCAACUAAACACACCUGGUAUUCUACUUACUCUGGCAAGCUGGGGAAUUUUUUUCUUUUUCUUUUUAAAAUUCCAGGAUGAAUUAUUCAUCAUUACUUAGAAUUUGGGUCUCUUUCAUCUUCGCACUUGUACAGCAGCAAGUUCAGCCCAGGGAGCUCAUGUAUCCAUUUUGGCAGAAUGACACCAAAACCCCUAAAGUAGAUGAUGGAAGCUCGUCUGAGAUCAAGCUGGCCAUUCCCAUUUUCUUCUUUGGCGUUCCUUACCGCACUGUCUAUGUCAAUAACAAUGGAGUUGUGUCCUUCAACGUGCUAGUGAGCCAGUUCACGCCAGAGUCCUUCCCCUUGACGGAUGGGCGGGCCUUCAUUGCUCCAUUUUGGGCAGAUGUGCACAAUGGAAUUCGAGGCGAGAUCUAUUACAGAGAGACCAUGGACCCUGUCAUCUUGAAAAGAGCCACCAAGGACAUCAGGAAGUACUUCAAAGACAUGGCAACCUUCUCUGCCACCUGGGUUUUCAUUGUGACCUGGGAGGAAGUCACAUUUUAUGGAGGGAGCAGCACCACACCUGUGAACACCUUCCAGGCCGUCCUGGUGUCUGAUGGCUCCUAUACAUUCACACUCUUCAAUUAUUAUGAAAUCAACUGGACCACUGGGACGGCCAGUGGCGGCGAUCCCCUGACGGGCCUUGGGGGAGUGAUGGCACAGGCAGGAUUUAACGGUGGAAACCUCACCAAUUUCUUCAGCCUCCCAGGGUCAAGAACCCCAGAUAUUGUGAAUAUCCAGGAGACCACAAACGUCAAUGUUCCAGGCCGCUGGGCAUUUAAAGUUGACGGGAAAGAAAUUGACCCAGCCAAUGGCUGCACAUCCAGAGGACAGUUCCUUCGGCGAGGGGAGGUGUUUUGGGAAGACCUGAACUGUACCAUCAAGUGCCGCUGUUUGGAUUUCAACAAUGAGAUCUAUUGCCAGGAGGCCUCUUGUAGUCCCUUCGAAAUAUGUGACCCCAAAGGCAAAUUCUUCUACUGCAGCCCCGUGGAGACCAGUACGUGCGUAGUGUUUGGAGAGCCACACUAUCACACUUUCGAUGGCUUCCUCUUCCACUUCCAAGGCUCUUGUGCCUACCUGUUGGCCCGGCAGUGUUUGCAGACUUCUAACCUCCCCUUCUUCAGUGUGGAAGCCAAGAAUGAACACCGGGGAGGGUCAGCUGUCUCCUGGGUGAAGGAGCUCUCUGUGGAGGUGAAUGGCUACAAGAUUCUCAUUCCCAAAGGAAGCUAUGGAAAAGUCAAGGUUAAUGAUCUGGUGGCUUCUUUGCCCGUCACCUUAGACUUGGGGGCAGUGAAAAUCUACCAGAGUGGCAUGUCUACAGCUGUGGAAACGGAUUUUGGGCUCUUAGUGACUUUCGAUGGCCAGCAUUACGCCUCCAUUUCCAUCCCAGGCUCCUAUAUAAACUCCACGUGUGGGCUCUGUGGGAACUACAAUAAAAACCCACUGGAUGAUUUCCUCCGCCCAGAUGGCAGGCCAGCCAUGUCUGUCCUGGAUCUAGGAGAGAGCUGGCGGGUCUACCACACCGAGUGGAGGUGUGAUUCAGGCUGCGUGGACAACUGCACCCAAUGUGAUGCGGCCACGGAGACCCUCUACUUUGGCUCCGACUACUGUGGCUUCCUCAAUAAGACCGACGGCCCCCUGUGGGAGUGUGGCACCAUCAUGGACCCCACAGCCUUUGUUCACAGCUGUGUGUAUGACCUGUGCAGCGUGAGGGACAAUGGGACACUCCUCUGUCAAGCCAUCCAAGCCUAUGCCCUUGUGUGCCAAGCCCUUGGCAUUCCGAUUGGAGACUGGCGAGUGCAGACUGGGUGUGUGUCCACUGUGCAGUGUCCGAGCUUCAGCCACUAUUCUGUGUGCACCAGCAGCUGCCCCGACACAUGUUCAGACCUCACAGCCUCUCAGAACUGCGCCACACCAUGCACGGAGGGCUGCGAGUGUAAUGAGGGCUUUGUCCUCAGCACCAGCCAGUGUGUUCCGAUGCACAAGUGUGGCUGCGACUUCGAUGGCCACUACUACGCCAUGGGGGAGUUCUUCUGGGCCACAGCCAACUGCACCGUGCAGUGCCUGUGUGAGGAGGGCGGCGACGUGUACUGCUUCAAUAAGACCUGCCGGGGAGGGGAGGUGUGUACGGUGGAGGAUGGCUACCGUGGCUGCUUCCCCAAGCGGGAGACUGUGUGCCUGCUCAGCCAGAACCAAGUGCUGCACACCUUUGACGGGGCUGCCUAUGCUUUCCCUUCUGAGUUUUCCUACACGCUGCUCAAGACCUGCCCGGAGCAGCCAGAGUACUUGGAAAUCGACAUCAAUAAGAAGAAGCCUGAUGGAGGGCCUGCCUGGCUUCGAGGUCUUCGGAUCCUGGUGGCUAACCAGGAGGUCAAGAUAGGAGGAAUAGGGGCUUCAGAAGUCAAGGUGAAUGGUCAGGAAGUAGAAUUACCAUUUUUCCAUCUUUCGGGGAAGCUGGAAAUUCAUCGAAACAAAAACAGUACAACAGUAGAGUCCAAGGGUAUUGUGAGUGUCCAGUACUCAGAUACAGGUCUGCUCUACAUCCGGCUCUCUACUGUUUACUUCAAUUGCACCGGGGGCUUAUGUGGCUUCUUCAAUGCUAAUGCCAGCGAUGAGUUCUGUCUCCCCAAUGGCAAAUGCACAGACAACCUGGCCGUGUUCCUGGAAAGCUGGACAACUUUUGAGGAAAUCUGCAAUGGGGAGUGUGGGGACUUGCUGAAGGCCUGUAACAAUGACUCGGAGCUGCUCAAAUUUUAUCGGAGCCGCUCCAGGUGUGGCAUCAUCAAUGACCCCUCCAAUAGCUCCUUCCUAGAGUGCCAUGGGGUGGUCAAUGUUACUGCCUACUACCGUACCUGCCUCUUUCGCCUGUGCCAGAGUGGAGGUAACGAGUCGGAGCUAUGUGACUCUGUGGCUCGGUACGCAAGCGCCUGCAAGAAUGCUGAUGUGGAAGUUGGCCCCUGGCGGACCUAUGACUUCUGCCCUCUGGAGUGCCCGGAGAACAGCCACUUUGAGGAAUGUGUGACGUGCACGGAGACCUGUGAGACCCUGGCCCUGGGCCCCAUCUGUGUGGACAGCUGCUCUGAGGGGUGUCAGUGUGACGAGGGCUAUGCCCUACAAGGCAGCCAGUGUGUCACCCGCAGUGAGUGUGGCUGUAACUUUGAGGGGCACCAGCUUGCCACCAAUGAGACCUUUUGGGUAGACCUGGAUUGCCAGAUCUUCUGCUAUUGCAACGGCACAGACAACAGCGUCCACUGUGAGACUGUCCCCUGCAAGGACGAUGAGUACUGCAUGGAGGAAGGUGGCCUGUACUACUGCCAGGCCCGCACGGAUGCCUCCUGCAUUGUGUCUGGCUAUGGCCACUACCUGACCUUUGAUGGCUACCCCUUUGACUUCCAGACCAGCUGCCCACUCAUCCUGUGCACCACAGGAAACAGGCCAAGCUCAGACACUUUCCCCAAGUUUAUCGUCACAGCCAAGAAUGAGGACCGGGACCCAUCACUGGCCUUGUGGGUCAAGCAGGUGGAUGUGACCGUGUUUGGCUACAGCAUAGUGAUUCACAGGGCCUAUAAGCACACUGUGCUGGUUAACAAUGAACGGCUGUAUCUACCCCUGAAAUUGGGACAAGGCAAGAUAAAUAUCUUCUCAUUUGGCUUCCAUGUAGUGGUGGAAACUGAUUUUGGCCUGAAGGUUGUGUAUGACUGGAAGACCUUCCUGUCAAUCACUGUCCCUCGGAACAUGCAGAACAGCACAUACGGCUUAUGUGGCCGCUAUAACAGCAACCCAGAUGAUGAUCUAGAGAUGCCUAUGGGUCUGCUUGCAUCCAGUAUCAAUGAGUUUGGGCAGAGCUGGGUGAAGAGGGACACUUUCUGCCAGGUUGGCUGCGGGGACCGCUGCCCUUCCUGUGCCAAGGUAGAAGGUUUCUCAAAGGUGCAGCAGCUGUGUAGCCUGAUCCCCAACCAGAACUCUGGCUUCACCAAAUGUCACAGCAAAGUCAAUCCCACCUUCUUCUAUAAGAACUGCCUGUUUGACUCUUGCAUUGAUGGGGGUGCAGUGCAGACCGCCUGCAGCUGGCUGCAGAACUAUGCCAGCACCUGCCAGACUCAGGGAAUUGCAGUGACCGGCUGGAGGAAUUACACAGCAUGUUCUGUCACCUGUCCUCCCAACAGCCAUUAUGAGAGCUGCGUGAGUGUCUGCCAGCCUCGCUGUGCUGCCAUCCGCCUGAAGAGUGACUGCAACCACUACUGUGUGGAGGGCUGCCAGUGCGACACAGGCUAUGUCCUCAACGGCAAGAGCUGCAUCCUGCCCCACAGCUGUGGCUGCUACUCAGAUGGCAAAUAUUAUGAGCCCAAGCAGCUAUUCUGGAAUAGUGACUGCACCCGACGCUGCCGCUGUUUCCGGCGCAACCUGAUCCAGUGCGACCCGCGCCAGUGCAAGUCAGACGAAGAGUGCGCCCUUCGGAAUGGGGUGCGAGGCUGCUUCAGCACCAGGACCUCCUACUGUUUGGCGGCUGGCGGUGGUGUCUUCCGCACCUUCGAUGGCGCCUUCCUCCGCUUCCCAGCGAAUUGUGCCUUCGUGCUCUCUACCAUCUGCCAGAAGCUGCCAGACAUCUCCUUCCAGCUCAUCAUUAACUUUGACAAGUGGUCGUCCCCUAACCUCACUAUCAUUUCGCCUGUUUAUUUCUACAUCAAUGAGGAGCAGAUUCUCAUCAAUGACCGGAACACUGUCAAGGUGAAUGGCACACAAGUGAAUGUCCCAUUUAUAACCGGGUUGGCAACCAGAAUCUACAGCAGUGAGGGCUUCCUGGUGAUUGACACCAGCCCCGACAUCCAGAUACACUACAAUGGUUUCAAUGUCAUAAAAAUCAGCAUCAGUGAGCGGUUGCAGAACAAAGUGUGUGGCCUCUGUGGCAACUUCAAUGGGGACUUAACUGAUGAUUAUGUGACCUUGCGGGGAAAGCCAGUGGUGAGCAGUGUGGUGCUGGCCCAGAGCUGGAAAACCAAUGGCAUGCAGAAGAGCUGCAACGAGCUACAGUUCUCACAGUAUGCUGCCAUGUGUGAUAAUGUGCACAUCCAGAAGAUGCAGGGCGAUGGCUACUGCCUGAAGCUCACGGAUAUGAAGGGCUUCUUCCAGCCCUGCUAUGGGCUACUUGACCCCCUCCCUUUCUAUGAAUCCUGCUAUCUGGAUGGCUGCUACAACCACAAGAAGUUCCAGCUGUGCGGCUCCCUGGCUGCCUAUGGAGAGUCCUGUCGUUCCUUUGGGAUCCUCAGCACUGAGUGGAUUGAGAAGGAAAAUUGCUCAGGAGUGGUUGAAGAUCCCUGUGUAGGGGCAGACUGUCCCAACCGGACCUGUGAGCUAGACAAUGGAGGGGAGCUGUGUGGGUGCAUCGAGCCACCCCCCUAUGGAAACAACUCACAUGACAUUAUCGAUGCUGAGGUGACCUGCAAGGCAUCCCAGAUGGAAGUGUCCAUAUCUAAGUGCAAGCUCUUCCAGCUUGGAUUUGAAAGAGAGGGUGUGAGGAUCAAUGACAGACAAUGCACUGGCAUAGAAGGGGAAGAUUUUAUCUCCUUUCAGAUCAACAACACCAAAGGGAAUUGUGGAAACAUUGUACAGUCCAAUGGCACUCAUAUCAUGUAUAAGAACACAAUCUGGAUAGAAAGCGCCAACAAUACUGGCAACAUAAUCACCAGAGACCGGACAAUCAAUGUGGAAUUCUCAUGUGCUUAUGAGUUGGAUAUCAAGAUCUCCUUGGACUCUGUUGUGAAGCCUAUGCUCAGUGUCAUUAACCUGACAGUUCCAACCCAAGAAGGCAGCUUCACUACCAAGAUGGCACUCUACAAAAAUGCCUCCUACAAACAUCCUUAUCGCCAGGGUGAAGUGGUAUUGACAACUCGAGAUGUGCUGUAUGUAGGGGUCUUUGUGGUUGGAGCUGAUGCCACGCAUCUGAUCCUGACCCUGAACAAAUGCUAUGCAACACCCUCCCGUGACAGCAAUGAUAAACUUCGCUACUUCAUCAUUGAAGAAGGGUGUCAGAACAUUAAAGAUAACACUAUUGGCAUCGAGGAGAAUGGUGUCUCCCUGACCUGUCGCUUUCACGUCACAGUCUUCAAGUUCAUUGGGGAUUAUGAUGAAGUUCAUCUUCACUGCGCAGUAUCACUCUGUGACUCAGAAAAGUACUCCUGUAAAAUAAAUUGCCCACAAAAUUCCAGGAUUGCCACAGAUUAUGCCAAAGAACCUAAAGAACAGAUCAUUUCAGUGGGACCUAUUAGGAGAAAAAGGCUGGACUGGUGUGAGGACAACGGAGGGUGUGAACAGAUUUGCACAAGCCGGGUAGAUGGGCCUCUGUGUAGCUGUGUGACAGGAACUCUGCAGGAGGAUGGCAAGAGCUGCAGAGCCUCUAAUUCUUCCACUGAACUUCAAGUUUGGACACUCCUUCUCAUCAUGACCCAGAUUUCAUUAUGGCAUUUUGUGUAUAAUUCAGUCAUGACCUCAUAAUUAACUCAAGGUUACUUACUAUACAAAGUACUGUAAUUUACUUUUCAAUUCCCUGUAGGAUAAAUGGUGUGAACCCUUAAGUCAAAGCCCAAUUGAAAGGGACCAGAUGCCACCUGCCUCACAUGGUCAGAGAUCUGGAAAUGAGUGAAAUUCCAUGCUCCUCUUUCAAAGUACACAGCAGUGCUUCUAAAGCCAGUUGUGGAAAGUAUAUAUCUUGCCUAAAAUUUCAAACCAUUGUCACUAGAAAUUUUGAUUCAUAUAAAUAACUAGUAAAGGAAAAAAAUCUAGUUAGAGAAGUCUGACUAGAAAUCUGAUCAGAGAAAUCUGUCAAUCAGUGCUGUUUCUGGAUCAUAGUUUUACAAAGAGAGGACCUGUGGGACAACACUGAGAAGCGAUGGCUGGGAGUUUCACUCCCUCUCAGGAAGCUUUUGAAGUUUGGAGUGUCUGACCUAUGAUAUCAUGUGUUGCUCCCUUCUCUUUAUGAUGAACUCCUUCCCUACCCUCAUGUCCUUCAACCUUGACAUGGCAGCUUGGUCACUGAGUAUAUUGUUUGCAGAUCUUGAGAACCCUACCCCAUCCCUUCCCCUCAGACUCAAAUCCUUCUCCUUUACAAAUCAACCAAAUAAUUUUAAUGUGUUUUAU